GUUGUCUGGUCAUCCCUAAUAUACUCCGAAAAUGUCUGUAACGCUGCACACUGACGUGGGCGACCUUAAGAUAGAGCUCUUCUGUGAUGCUUGUCCCAAGGCCUGCGAGAACUUCCUUGCUCUCUGCGCCAGCGACUAUUACAGCGGCUGCGUCUUCAUCCGGAAUAUAAAGGGGUUUAUUGUCCAAACUGGCGAUCCCACGAACACGGGCAAGAAUGGACAGUCCAUUUGGGGCCAGAAGUUUGACGAUGAGUUCAAAGAAACUAUCAAGCACACGGAUCGCGGAAUGGUUUCCAUGGCCAACAAUGGUCCCAAUGCCAAUGCCAGCCAGUUCUUUAUCACGUAUGCCGCUCAGCCAAAUUUGGACCUGAAGUACACACUCUUUGGACGCGUCAUAGAUGGCUUCGAUGCCCUGGAUGAGCUGGAGAAGCUGCCCGUGAAUCCAAAGAACUAUCGGCCCCAUGUGGACAAGAAGAUAAACGGCGUCACCAUACACGCCAAUCCCCUUGCUACGUGACAACGCAAAGUACAAAAACUAGAACGUAUUGCUUACAAGGAAAUAUAUAUUUAUAGCACUUAAAACUUA